AUGAAAACAAAUAUAGAAAUUAAAAAUGAACCGAAUGAAAUUCAGGUAAAAGAUUUCUUUUAUGAUUAUAAUCAAAUAAAAAAAUUCAAAAUUAAUUCAACAAAUAAUUCUAUAACAAAUAAAUUUGUCAAUCAAGAACAAGAAUUAUCAAUAUGUAUUUGGUGUCAAAAAUUAGGUAGUAAAUCUUUUACAUUAUAUAAUGAUAAUGAUGGUUCAAAAAGAUUAUGUAGUGAAAUUUGUUUUAAUCAAUAUCGUCGUGCUUCAUUUAAAAAAAAUAAAGAUAAAAAAUUAUUAAAAACUUAUCAAACAAUUAAAAUUAGAUCUACAAAUUGUUCAAUAUCAGACAAGAUAUCAAAAUCGAUAAUAAGUGAAAACGAACAUAAUCAUCAACGAAAAAUUUUAUCAUCAUAUCCACAUUCAUCAUCAAGAAUAACAAAGAUAAAUACGAAUGAAAUUUCUCGAAGAUUAUCUCCUUUAUCAUCAUCAUCUUCUCGUUUCCUUCCACCUACUUCUACAAAUCUUAAUCAUUUUCAAUAUCCAUUUGUUACUAUUCCUUCUGUUCAACAACUACCUUCAUCAUUACCUUUAAGAACAACAUCAUCAACUCUAUUUCCAAUAUCAACAAAUUAUACAUGUAUUCUACCAAAUUUUAUUCCAUUACCUAUACCAAUUCCAUUUUAUUUUCCUAUUCAUUUGUCAAAUGCUCAAUUUUCAACUAAUAUUAUCAAUCAAGAAUGUCAAACUGAAAUACGAAAUAAUAUUAACUCGUGUCCAAUUAAUCAAGAACAACAACAAAAAAUAAGAAGAAUAUCUAUUUAA